ACAUGGCGGUCAAUGCCGAUGCACGGCGGUGUUUGACGCGGUGCGUACGGUGCGUUGAAUCGUUUUCGAUGCGUCGGCAAUAACCGUCACCGGCCAGCGAAAGGUGGUCAUCAGCGAUACGUGCACAAGCGAGACGGUAACCGGUCCGUGUUCGACGCGAGAGACUCAACGUGAGAGAGCACUGCUCGAACGCGGCGUAUCGGCGUGUUUUCUACAGCGGGAGCGUGAGCUGUGCGUGUGCGUGUAGUACCGCGGGCGGCAAGAUGUCCAAACCGGACGAGAAUGCGGACACCGGUGACACCGGGGACAACUCGAACGGGUCCUCGGCGGAGACGACGUCGUCGAGGGGGGGCGGCGACUUCGAGACGAAGCUCGAGACGGACCGUAGCAAGCGCUUCGACUACCUGCUGAAACAGACCGAGAUAUUCUCGCACUUCAUGACGAACAAUCAGAAGGACAAGGCUGGCAGCCCGUUGAAGAUCAAAGCCGGCAGACCCAGGAAACAGCCCCCGGCGGAGAACCCGACGAAGUCGGACCCCGGCGACCAUCGACAUCGCAAGACCGAGCAGGAGGAGGAUGAGGAGCUGUUGGCGGAGAGCAACGCCAGCGUAACGCCUACCACGCGCUUCGAGUCCUCCCCCCAUUACAUCAAGUCCGGCGAGCUGCGCGACUAUCAGAUACGCGGCUUAAACUGGAUGAUAUCGCUCUACGAGCACGGCAUCAACGGCAUCCUGGCGGACGAGAUGGGCCUCGGCAAGACGCUGCAGACUAUCUCCCUGCUGGGGUACAUGAAGCACUUCCGAAACAUUCCCGGACCUCACAUCGUCAUCGUGCCGAAGUCGACGUUGGCCAACUGGAUGAACGAGUUUAAGAAGUGGUGCCCGAGCCUCAGGGCUGUAUGCCUGAUCGGCGACGCCGAGACUAGGAACACCUUCAUCAGAGACGUGAUGAUGCCCGGCGAGUGGGACGUGUGCGUGACGUCCUACGAGAUGGUCAUCAAGGAGAAGUCCGUGUUCAAGAAGUUCAACUGGCGCUACAUGGUGAUAGACGAGGCCCACAGGAUAAAGAACGAGAAGUCGAAAUUGUCGGAGAUCCUCCGUGAAUUCAAGACCACCAAUCGGCUCCUCCUGACGGGCACGCCGCUCCAGAACAAUCUCCACGAGCUGUGGUCCCUGCUGAAUUUCCUCCUGCCGGACGUAUUCAACAGCUCCGACGACUUCGACUCGUGGUUCAACACAAACAGCUUUCUAGGUGAUAAUUCCUUAGUCGAGAGAUUACACGCGGUCCUAAGACCGUUCCUCCUGAGACGCCUCAAGUCCGAGGUGGAGAAGGGGCUCAAGCCCAAGAAGGAGAUCAAGGUGUACAUCGGGCUGAGCAAGAUGCAGAGGGAGUGGUAUACCAAAGUGCUGAUGAAGGACAUCGAUAUCGUGAAUGGCGCGGGUAAGAUCGAGAAGAUGAGGCUGCAGAACAUUUUGAUGCAGCUGCGCAAGUGCUGCAAUCAUCCGUACCUGUUCGACGGUGCCGAGCCCGGGCCGCCGUACACCACCGAUGAGCAUCUCGUCUACAACUGCGGCAAAAUGGUGAUACUCGAUAAGCUGCUGCCGAAGCUGCAGCAGCAGGAGUCUCGAGUCUUAAUAUUCAGCCAGAUGACGAGGAUGCUGGAUAUCCUGGAGGACUAUUGCCAUUGGCGGUGCUUUCAGUACUGUCGGCUGGACGGCAACACCGCGCACGAGGAUCGGCAGCGGCAGAUAAACGAGUACAACGCACCCGGCAGCGAGAAGUUUAUUUUCAUGCUGUCGACUCGCGCCGGCGGACUGGGCAUCAAUCUGGCGACCGCCGACGUGGUCAUUAUUUACGAUUCCGAUUGGAAUCCGCAGAUGGACCUGCAGGCGAUGGACCGGGCGCAUCGUAUAGGCCAGCAGAAGCAGGUGCGGGUCUUCAGGUUUAUCACGGAGAACACGGUGGAGGAGAAGAUCGUCGAGCGGGCUGAGGUAAAGCUACGCUUGGACAAGCUCGUCAUCCAGCAGGGACGGUUGGUCGACGCCAAGCAACAGGCGUUGAACAAGGACGAGAUGUUGAAUAUGAUCAGGCACGGCGCGAACGAAGUGUUCGCGUCCAAGGACAGCGCUAUCACCGACGAGGAUAUAGACACGAUACUGCAGAAGGGCGAGGCGAAAACGGAGGAGAUGAAGCAGAAACUCGAGAGCCUCGGCGAGUCCUCGUUGCGCAACUUCACCGUCGACGCGCCGACGGACUCUGUGUACCAGUUCGAGGGCGAGGAUUACCGCGAGAAGCAGAAGAUCCUCGGAAUAGGCAACUGGAUCGAGCCGCCCAAGCGCGAGCGUAAGGCCAAUUACGCCGUCGACGCGUAUUUCAGAGAGGCGUUGAGAGUGUCGGAGCCGAAGGCGCCGAAAGCACCGAGACCACCGAAACAGCCGAUAGUCCAGGACUUUCAGUUCUUCCCGCCGCGACUUUUCGAGCUGCUGGAUCAGGAGAUUUAUUAUUUCAGACAGACGGUCGGCUACAAGGUACCGAAGAAUCCGGAGCUCGGGUCCGACGCCGCACGAAUCCAAAAGGAGGAGCAGCGCAAGAUCGACGACGCCCAGCCGCUCACCGACGACGAGGUCGCCGAGAAGGAGAAAUUGCUGCUGCAGGGCUUUACCAAUUGGACUAAGCGGGACUUCAAUCAGUUCAUCAAGGCGAACGAGAAGUACGGUCGCGACGACAUCGAGAACAUAGCGAAGGAGGUCGAGGGUAAGACGCCGGAGGAAGUUAUGGAGUACUCGGCCGUUUUCUGGGAGCGGUGCCACGAGCUGCAGGACAUAGAUCGCGUGAUGGCGCAGAUCGAGCGCGGCGAGGCCAAGAUACAGAGGCGUGCCGGCAUCAAGAAGGCGCUGGAUGCGAAAAUGGCCAGAUACCGGGCGCCGUUCCAUCAGCUUAGGAUAGCUUAUGGCACGAACAAGGGUAAGAAUUACACCGAAGAGGAGGACCGGUUUCUCGUAUGCAUGCUGCACAAGCUCGGAUUCGACAAGGAGAACGUGUACGAGGAGCUGCGCGCCACGGUGAGGUCGGCGCCGCAGUUCCGCUUCGACUGGUUCGUCAAGUCGCGCACGGCUCUGGAGCUGCAGCGUCGCUGCAACACCCUGAUCACCCUGAUCGAACGCGAGAAUCAGGAGCUCGAGGAGCGUGAGAGGCAGGAGAGGCGGAAGAAGGGCAGCAACGUAGGAACGAAGCCGACGUCGAAGCGGAAGGAGAAUCUGCCGGCGCCCCAGGACAAGCCGCGAAAAAAGAAGAAGUAAAACGACUUGAGUGUUAUAUUGCGCGGCGAGGCCUCACUCCUUCGAACUCUUUAGAACUCUUCGAAACACUUUUCACACGACUCCUGCGCGUUAAAUAAUGACUGAAAUGACAGACCACGGGUAUUCACACACACGCAUACACACACACACACACGCAAGGCGCUCUUUUCUAUAUUUACAAAUUUACUCAUCUUCACCGCAGACUUAAUUGUGUGACUCUAAACCGACCACUUCAUAUUCCAUUGUAAAACGAGAUACAUUCUUAGAUAACGGACUGCCGAGUUCAUCAGGCCUCAUCGUAAUUGUUUGUAGCGACAUGAACUGUACUUUUAUCAUAAUUGAUCUCUGAAAAUGUACAAGCAUAACUGCGCGAAACUAGAUUAAUUUCGUUGAUGCUGCAGAAUCAUUGAUAGCUACGCCGCCGACACUUCCCGAUGGACUUGGGCAGAACUCGACAUUGCGAGUGUUUUUCAUGUGCUCACGAAUGCCGGACUAUAAGAUGAGAUUUAGAGAGAGAGAAAGAGAGAGAGAGAGAGAGAGAAGCGUGAGAAAAAGUACACUAUUUAUUUCUAUCUCGGAUCUAUCAAAACUGUAAGUUGUUAUUUAAAAUUCUUUUCCUUUCUCACUUCGACAAUCUUCAAAAUUUAACAUUAUUCUAUAUAUAUAUAUCGGUCGAAUUGAGAUGUAUAAUUUUUAUUAAUUUUCGAAUCCUGUACUUCUAACUUAGUUAGUCCCAUUGAUAUGUAUCAUGUGUUGCUACACAGAUUUCUUUUUUAUAACAUAAUCUUAAAAAAGUCUCAAAGUAUUAUUGUGGUAUAAUGUAUAAGCAGUAUACGCUGCGGUCUUUUAUAGCCAAACAUUACUCCGUAAUACGUAUUCGGAGAGGUAUUCUUCCAAUUAGUUUCGAAACGCUGUCACGGACUAAUUGCAGUGGGAGUUCUUGCUGUUCCAACAUUCGGAAAUUGCAGAUUUUUAACACCCAACAAAAUCCCAUAGCGUUUCUAACAAAAGAUGUAUACACUUAGACAGUUUUAUAUUUAAGUUUACACGAACACACGUCAGAUAAGAAUUUGCAAGAAAAUAACAUUCAGAAUAUUGAUAAUAAAUAAAUCUUACUAUUACGGA